AUGUCUACCGAUUUUAAAGGAAAGCUCGCCAUUAUCACCGGAGCAUCCAAGCUCAACGGCAUUGGAUAUGCUACCGCUUACGUCCUCGCUAAAGGCGGCGCCGAUAUUGUGAUUCAUUACAACUCAAACAAGACCGCUGCCGAGGAGUGUCUUGCCAACAUCAAGGCGCUGGGCGUUAAGGCUAUUGCCGUUCAAAGCAACGCCGGCUCCAUCACUUUUGGCGACGAUAUUGUCAAUGCCACUGUUGCAGCGUUCCCAGGCCGAAAGAUUGACAUCAUCAUCAACAAUGCAGGUCACGCUACUUUCCAAGCAAGCACAUUUGAGGCUCCUGUUGAAGAGUUUGAUGCCCUCUUUCAUCCCAACGUUCGAGGUCCUCACCUGCUCAUCCGGGCUGCUCUGCCUCAUAUUGCCUCUCCCGGAGGCCGCAUCGUCAAUAUCAGCAGUGUGGUGGCUCGCACUGGAACCAGAUUUGCUUCGUUGUACACGGCUACCAAGGGAGCGCUCAAUACUCUCACCCUGGCAUGGGCUGAGGAACUUGGCGAGAAGGGUAUUACUGUCAACGUUGUUGCCCCAGGGCCCAUCUCAACAGAUUAUGCAGCGCCAGAGGAGCAUGAAUUGACAAAGAAGUUCCGUGCUCAGCAGUAUAUAAAGCGAGAUGGAACGGCAGAGGAGGUUGCCAAUGCUAUUGUGUUUGCGGUUAGUCCAGGGGCGAGCUUCAUCUCGGGCCAAGUUUUCGGUGUCGAUGGUGGUCUAAGUUACAUCUAA